AUGACUAUGGUCACGGAGUACGUUGUGUUUGGCAUCCUGAUGGCCUUCAAUCUCGGCUUGGGCGUCUACUUCUCCCGUCGACGAAUAGAACACUCGGGUACUGCCGAAGUGUUUCUGGGCAGCCGGUCCCUGCGAUCGCUGCCCCUAGCUGUGUCCAUGGUGGCGACCAUGUUGUCCUCCACGGGCCUUGUUGGUUUCACGGGUCACUUCUACGCGUAUGGAUUCCAUCAAGCCUGGAAUGACGUGGCUAUCAUCGUCGUGGCACCUCUGGUCGCCCACUUGUUCCUCCCGGUUUUGUACGAACUGCGCAUAACGUCUGUAUUUCAGGUGAGGUUCACUUUUCUCGCCAAAAUUGCCACGGGUCCUCUACUUCGUCUUGGUCUAAUUCCUGAUAUACUGCUUCCUGGAAGUGACCUGGAAAAGCGCUAA